UGAAAUCAAUUCCUUAUCAAGUAAGAUCUCUCUCUCUGCAUCCCUUCCAAGUGUUAACAGAUACAAGGCCCCCCCGCCAUCUCCACCGCCUCUCGUCGUCUUUCAUUCCGUCCAUUUUCUCUCUGCUCUGUCGACCCCUCACACUCAUAUAAAUACAUCCAUAUCUAUCUAUGCACGCACUUUGUGUUGCCGAUCCUCUGACGAUUCCCUGCACCACAGAACAUGGUCGCUCUUCAACCUUCAAAUCCAUCUUAAAUCAUCCUUGAUAUCUUCUCACCUUAACCUGUCCCCCGCCAUGGCUCUGCUGGCUUCUCCUCAAACACAUCCAAGCCCUCACCUUCCUCUCCGCACUCUCCACCGCCCCAGGAGACCCAUAGUUGGUCUGUCCUCGCGGUUCAGCUCCGGACCCUCCCCCAAGUUCCCCACCAGACUCGACGCCCUCACUUUCUGCGCCUACACGGUCCUCAAACUGCGCUCCGAGUCUCCCCCGCUGAGAAACAGAGCAGCAUUGGAUAAUGCCGGACCUGCCUUGUCCGCGUCGGACCUGCAGGAGGCAGUGGAGGGGGAGCAGAGGCGGAUUAUGCUAUCGGACGUUGUGGUUACGAGGCCGAGGACGGUGUUCCGGGACCGGAGGUGGAACUCUUUGGACUUGUCCACCGGCGGGGUGAUCUUGGCCAUGCAUUUGCUGAGCCUGUUCGCGCCGCUCUGCUUCAACUGGAAAGCGCUCUGGGUAGCAGUCGGGCUGUACGCGGUGACGGGGUUGUUCGGCAUUACUCUGUCGUUCCAUAGGAACCUAUCUCACCGGAGCUUCAAGCUCCCGAAGUGGCUCGAGUACUCUUUUGCCUAUUGCGGGGUCCUUGCCCUUCAGGGUAACCCAAUAGAUUGGGUGAGCACGCACAGGUACCACCAUCAGUUCCGUGACUCAGAGAGAGACCCCCACAGCCCGAAGGAAGGCUUCUGGUUCAGUCACGUCAGCUGGCUUUUCGACACUGACUAUGUGGCCGAGAGGUGUGGAGGACCAAACAAUGUGGUGGACUUGCAGAAGCAGCCUUUCUACAGGUUCGUGCAGAGCACUUACAUUGCACAUCCCAUUGCACUUGCAGCUCUCCUCUACGCUCUCGGUGGAUUCCCCUUCCUUGUUUGGGGAAUGGGAGUCAGAACGACUUGGGUUUACCACAUCACAUGGCUGGUGAAUUCGGCUUGCCAUGUAUGGGGAAAGCAAGCUUGGAACACGAAUGACCUGUCCAGGAACAAUUGGUGGGUCGCGCUACUCUCAUUCGGGGAGGGUUGGCACAAUAACCACCACGCAUUCGAGUACUCAGCCCGCCAUGGUCUUGAGUGGUGGCAGCUCGACAUGACCUGGUACAUGAUCCGGCUCCUCCAGGCUGUUGGACUGGCCACGGAUGUCAAGCUGCCUUCUGAGAUUCAGAGGCAGAGAUUGGCACUGGAGACGGCAAACUGAGUUCGGGUUGAUUUUAGCUGGUCAACUACUCGAUUAUACAUGGCUUGGAUAGGAAUGCACAGAGGUUGGGUAGCUUCUUUUUUUUUUUUUUUCCCCUUAACUGACGUCAAGGGCCAAAUACAUGUAGCCGGUUACAUGUCCACAGAGUAACAAAGAUGUCCGGCCCAAAAGUAACAAAAGAUGUACUGCAUAUAUAAUAUAUUGUGUUAUAUAUUUUAUUCAUCCUCUUCCUUUGCUGUUA